AUGGAUGAGGUACGCUAUGAUCGACAACUCCGUUUAUGGGGAGAAGAAGGACAAAAUUCUAUAGCGCGAACUUCGGUUUGCGUGCUAGGCUCGUCUGCACUCGGAACGGAAAUUCUGAAGAACUUGGUUUUGGCUGGAGUUCACUCUGUUUGCAUUGUUGACAGUGCAUUUGUACAAACACCAGAUCUUGGACAAAAUUUUUUCCUCAAGAAGUCGGAUGUGGGACGCCCGAGAGCAGAUGCUACGAUUGAAUAUCUAAAGGAGUUAAACCCUUCAGUGCAGUGCGAUUCGCUGCUGUUGUCACCACUCAAUCUAACUGCUGAAGAUUUGGCCAUUCUUCUGCAAUUCCACGUUGUGGUCGGCACAAAUCUGCCAGAGAAUGUUGCGAUUGACAUUUCCUCUUUCCUAUUUCCUCGUGGAGUACCAUUUUUAUGGGCAAGGUGA